GCUCUACCUUACUCGUCGCCAGCACGUAGGUGGAGUAACGAGCAGUGAUGGCAAAUGCGGACGACGUCGACAUAAUGGUGAACUAUCGCGGAGAUAUGUUGCGAAACGACAAAAAGAUCAGCCGCUACCCCUAUUGUGUUGUCUGGACCCCCAUUCCUAUUUUAUCGUGGGUGCUGCCUUUCAUUGGUCAUAUGGGAAUAUGCACCUCUUCGGGAAUCAUAAGAGAUUUUGCAGGAUCUUACUUUGUUUCGGAGGACAACAUGGGCUUCGGGAGACCAACAAAGUAUUGGAAGCUUGACGUGGACAAAGUUUGUGGCAACGGUGCUGUGACUUGGGACAAAGCAGUGCAUGAUGCAUCUGAGGAAUACAAAUGCAGGCCGCAUAACCUGUGUUUUGAUAACUGCCAUUCCCACGUCGCCAUGGCACUCAACCUUAUGCGCUAUGACAACAGCACCUCCUGGAACAUGGUCAACUUGUGUGUUCGGUCUCUCAUUUAUGGCAAAUAUGUGAGCUGGGCCGCGCUCAUCAAGACCUGGCUGCCCUUCGUCAUGCUCUGCGGAGUCUUCGCCAUUUUUGUUAUAACGUUCAACCUUCCGUAAUACAUUCCAACAGAAGACUCCUUGAUUCACUCAAUCUUUGACACACUUCAUGCUUACUCUUACAAUUCAGUGGAGUGAUUCAGCGAUGAGUUACACAUGUGUUUUGUUUGAUGAAUGUGUUUCCAGACUGGAUAAUUUGUAUUAUAGUGAUGAAAAAUGGAAAUAACAAUGUGAAUCACAAUCUUAAUGCUGAAAGUAUUCAUCAAUUAUUCAAGCGAUGUAAGUGAAUGAAGCACUACCAAAGACUUAAUAAUGUGAAAACGUAGGAGGAUACCUGACCUUCUGUGUUUGUUUUGUGAUGUAGCUCAAUGCUUGGAAAAUGUGUAGGCUGUCUUCAUACCAGAAUGUAAUUUGAACAUAAGCAGUACUAAAUCAUAUUGGGUCAAUAUCACGAUAAAGUGCCUUGAGCAACCACAUCUGAAUAGCUCAAUUUUGACAUUCUGGAACUUUGUUGUAAGUGGUCAAAUAUUUGCAUACAUAUUAAUGCAAUUGAAGCACUAAAUAAUUAAUCACUAAAUUUGUAUUAUGCUGAUUUUAUAUCUUUGUUUUUUCCCCAUUUGAUGGUAUUUCGGUAUAUCCAACACUGCCAAUGACUGUGUUUAGUACAUGUUUAUUUUUUACAUAAUUUUAUUGUUGAUAAAAAAAAUACAUGACAAAACAAUUUUAUCAUGCAUAUUCUGUUUUGUUGAUAACAGUUCUGCAUGUGUCACUGAAAAGCUACCGACCAUGUCAUUAUGGGGUCUUUAAGAAUCGCUUUGAUGGUUUCAAUGUUGUUAUGUCCAACAUUUGGUCUUUCUUCAAAGGAGGCUGAAGAGUGGAUUACCACAAUAAAUAUUUAUUUGCUCUUGUUUUUCAGGGUUCAAUUUUUAUCAUCAAACUCACCGUGUGUAGUUGGAUGUUGUCAAUCUUUAAACGUCCACUCUAAGAUAGUACGUAUAAUGUCAGUUGCGAUUUAUAAAUAUACUUCCAGAAAACUGAAAUAUAUUUAACAGUACACUGAGUUUGAGCUAACUGAUUUAUGUUAUUUAGUGAAGGUCGGGCAGGUGCUCAUUAAAUAUUAACAAUACCUUCAUUAAAAAAUGUCAAGCCUGUCAGAGAAUUCACAUAUUUUGCUGUUUGCAUGUACAUACAGUAAUCUGCUUGCAAUUAAUAAAAAAAAAUGGAAGCUUGACCAAAUUUAUUAUAACAUGUACCACAUUUAAUGAAUAUGGAGUGCAGGAGAAAUAUACAUCUCAAUCUUUGGAGGGAGGUAAAAUGAAAAAGUG